AUGGCUCAACGAAAGUCCAACACUGCUCUCUACCUUGGAGUAGCCGCCGCUGGUGGAGUCGGUUAUUAUCUGUACACGGCAGGUGGUAGUCCAAAGGUCGCUGAGAAGCAGUUCGAGGCCGAUGUUUCUAAGGCCUCAGCCAAGGUCCAAGAGCAGAUUCCAGGUCGGACAAACCAGGCACAAAAGGAGGGCGAGAAGUGGGCUUCAGUAGCAGGUGCAAAGGUCGACUCUGCUGUCGAGAAAGGUCGUGCCGAACUCGCAAAAGCCGAAGGAAAGCUCGAUCAAUACAGAAAGGAGGCAAGCGCAGACACGAUGAAGAAGAUCGAUCAAGCAGACAAGAAGAUCGAGGAGAAGGCAGCACAGGCCAAGAGCGGCAUCUCUUCAUGGUUCGGUGGGAAGUAA